CGACCCCUAAAGGCUAAAGCUUUCACUGCCAUUUGGUGCCCAAUAACACGAAAGUUUGUUUUUUUGUAUUAUUUACUGGAGCAUGCUUGAGAUCUUGAAGUUUCCAUUGUUGCUCUUGCUUUGAAUCUUACUCUUCUGGUAAUUGGUUUCAAUUUCAACUCCUCUGUUUAUUUAUGUGGCUAUUUGGGUUCUAGGUAGAUGGGUUUAGCUUCCCUUUGUUAGUUCAGUUGUGAAGGAACAAAGAUGGUGGUUAUAUGGUUGUGGGUGUGUUCUUCUAGGUGAUUGAGAUGCAGGUUGGUCCAAACAAUGUUCUUCUGGGUCACUUCAGGCCUUUCUAUACAAUGUUUUUGAGUAUUAGCAAGAAAAUCAUGAAGAUGAAGGGUCACUGUAAGAUUUGGUUUUUCGAAUCAGUAGGUGGAGCUGUUGUUAUUGGCUCAUUGUCAUCAUUCAUUUUUGCAGUACUAUGUGCAUAUGUUUAUGUGUUUCCAAAAGUUCAGCCUAUUAUUCGUGAUUAUGGGGUUCCGGAGUCUAGUGAUCCGAUUGGUAGAUGUAAUGUCUUUGAUGGAAAAUGGAUGCCCGAUCAAAGUUACCCUUUAUAUAAUGCUUCAGAAUGUCCCUUUGCGGAGCGUGGGUUUGACUGCUUGGCUAAUGGAAGAAGAGAUAAAGGUUAUCUAAAAUGGAGGUGGAAGCCUAGAAAUUGUGAAAUUCCAAGGUUGAAUAUGACUGAAAUCCUUGAAGAGCUUAGAGGGAAGCGCAUUGUUUUUGUUGGUGAUUCAUUGAGCAGAACUCAGUGGGAAUCUAUGAUAUGUAUACUUAUGAUUGGUGUGGAGGAUAAGAAGAGUGUUUAUGAAGUCAAUGGGAAUAAGAUUACUAAACAGAUUAGGUUUUUAGGUGUGCGUUUUAGUUCAUUUGAUCUUAGUAUCGACUUUUAUCGAUCAGUUUUCUUGGUUCAGCCUGGUCCAGCACCAAGGCGUGCACCAAAGAGAGUUAAGACGGCUCUUAAACUUGACAAGCUGGAUGAUAUUAGCAAGGAGUGGAUUGAUGCUGACGCUCUCAUAUUCAAUUCGGGGCAUUGGUGGACUCCUUCAAAGCUCUUUGAGAUGGGUUGGUAUUUUCAGGUAGGCGGAUCAUUAAAGCUUGGGAUGCCUAUCUCUUCUGCCUUCAGAACAGCAUUAGAAACAUGGGCAGCUUGGGCUGAGGCCACAAUUAACCCAAACAGGACAAGUAUUUUCUUCCGGACCUUUGAAUCUUCGCAUUGGAGUGGUCGAAACCGCAAUUCGUGCAAAGUGACUCGGCAACCUUGGUCAAAAACUAGAGGGAGGGACCACAGCCGAUUUUCUGACGUUGUAAUCAAAGUUGUGAAGAACAUGGCAAUUCCAGUAACAGUUCUGCAUGUUACACCUAUGGGGGCAUUCCGGAGUGAUGCUCAUGUGGGAACUUGGAGCGACAAUCCAUCUGUGCCUGAUUGUAGCCACUGGUGUCUACCAGGAGUGCCUGAUACAUGGAAUGAAAUUCUCCUAUCAUAUCUGCUUUCAGAGAAUGAACUUUACCUUUAAUGAAGACAGAGUUGAGAGUUCCUUGGACCUAUAGCAUGAAUGCUGUAAAGGACAAAGUUCUUAAGUUGAUAUGACAAAGAUACCAUCAACUCACUGCCAAUUCAUGCAGUUCUUACCUUUGCUUCUAUAAUGGUGCUGGUUCUUUUUUAAUUUCUCUGGUUUUUUCCCCCUUGUCUGUAUUUGGUUUGGGUGGGGAUGACUUGUAAAACAAAGUGAUUCACAGUAGAAAUUGCUUUAAAACUAUGUUGGAAAUUCAUUUGCAUAUAUUAAGAAUAAAACUUUGAUUAUUAA